UCCGGCCCCUCCUCGAUUCCGGUCCGGGGGGGCGGGCAGCGAACCCCCAGACCCUCUGCAGGCCGGCAGGCGACCGCCGCCAGGACUAGAGACCCAUCAACGUCUCCCCGCGGGCCGGAGCGGCCCGCCAUGGCGUCCGUGUUUCGGAGCGAGGAGAUGUGCCUGUCGCAGGUGUUUCUGCAGGUGGAGGCGGCCUACUGCUGCGUGGCCGAGCUCGGGGACCUGGGGCUGGCCCAGUUCAAAGACCUCAAUGCCAACGUGAACAGCUUCCAGAGGAAGUUUGUGAACGAAGUCCGGCGGUGCGAAUCCUUGGAGAGGAUCCUGCGUUUCUUGGAAGAUGAGAUGAAAGACGAGAUCGUGAUCCAGGAGCCUGAGAAAUAUCCACAGACCCCUCUGCCCCGGGACAUGAUCGAUCUGGAGAGCGUCCUGGAGAAGCUGGAGGGGGAACUGCAGGGAGCCAACCUGAGCCAGCAGGCAUUGAAGAAGAGCUUCCUGGAGCUCACAGAGCUGAAGCACCUCCUCAAGAGCCCAGACUUCUUCGAGACGGAAACCAACCUGACGGAUGACUUCUUCAACGAAGACACCUCCGGCCUCUUGGAGUUGAGGACCUCUCCUGCGGCAGUGGCGGGGAAACUGGGGUUCACCGCGGGCGUCAUCCAGAGGGAGCGGCUGCCUCCUUUCGAGCGGCUGUUGUGGCGGGCCUGCCGGGGAAACGUGUACCUGAGGCACAGCGAGAUGGACGCCGCCCUCGAGGAUCCCGUCACUAAAGAUAAGAUCAAGAAGAAUUCCUUCAUCAUUUUCUACCAAGGAGAGCAGCUCAAGCAGAAGAUCCAGAAGAUCUGUGAUGGGUUCCGGGCCACCGUGUACCCCUGCCCCGAGGCUGCCAGCGAGCGCAGGGAGAUGCUGGCGGGCGUGAACACGCAGCUGGAAGAUUUGAACGCGGUGAUCACCCAGACGGAGUCCCACCGCCAGCAGCUUCUGCAGGAAGCGGCCAGCAGCUGGCGGAUUUGGGGCAUCAAGGUGCAGAAGAUGAAGGCCAUCUACCACGUGCUGAACUCCUGCAACAUCGACGUCACCCAGCAGUGCGUCAUCGCCGAGAUCUGGUUCCCGCAGGCCGACGCCGCCCGCAUCAAAAAGGCAUUGGAGCUGGGGGUGGAACGGAGCGGCUCCUCCAUCGCCCCGAUCCUGACGGCGGUACCCACCAAGGCAGCCCCCCCGACCUUCAACCGCACCAAUCGCUUCACGGCCGGCUUCCAGAACAUCGUGGACGCCUACGGCGUCGGCUGCUACCGCGAGAUGAAUCCGGCCCCGUACACCAUCAUCACGUUCCCCUUCCUCUUCGCCGUGAUGUUCGGGGACUCCGGCCACGGGGCCGUCAUGCUGGCCUUCGCCCUCUGGAUGGUCCUGAACGAGAAGACCCUCCUCUCCCAGAAGAACACCAACGAGAUCUGGAGCACUUUCUUCGGCGGACGCUACCUGAUUCUGCUCAUGGGCAUCUUCUCCAUCUACACGGGCUUCAUCUACAACGACUGCUUCUCCAAAGCCGUCAACAUCUUCGGGUCGUCCUGGAGCGUCCGGCACAUGUUCCUCAACGGCACGUGGAACUCCCAAGACGUUGAGGCAAAUCUGUUCCUGCAACUGGAUCCGGCCGUCCCCGGUGUCUUCUCUGGAAACCCGUACCCCUUCGGCAUCGACCCGAUCUGGAAUGUGGCAUCCAACAAGCUGACCUUCUUGAACUCCUACAAGAUGAAAAUGUCCGUGGUGGUGGGGAUCACACACAUGGUCUUCGGGGUCGUCCUCAGCCUCUUCAACCACAUCUAUUUCAGGAAAACGGCCGACAUAAUCCUGCAGUUCAUUCCGGAGUUGAUCUUCAUCCUGAGCCUGUUCGGGUACCUGGUCUUCAUGAUCAUAUUCAAGUGGUGCCGGUUCGACGUCCACAGCUCCCAGCACGCCCCCAGCAUCCUCAUCCAUUUCAUCAACAUGUUCCUGUUCAAUUACAACGACCCUGGCAACGGGCCACUCUACGGACCCCAGAGGGAAGUCCAGAGCUUCCUGGUCGUCAUGGCCCUCAUCUCUGUCCCGUGGAUGCUGUUGUUCAAGCCGUUUAUCCUGCGGGCGCAUCACCGGAAGACCCAGAGGAUGCUGCAGGCCCCCUGCGACCCCGAGAGUCCCUCCGAUGCCAUCGAAGUGGACGUCAUCGAGGCCAAUCACGCCAACAAGCCUGGCCGGGGACCCCGGGCCGGGGACACCGGUUCCCCGCAGCCCCACGAGGACAAGGAGGAGUUCAGCUUUGGCGACGUCUUCGUGCACCAAGCCAUCCACACCAUCGAGUACUGCCUGGGCUGCAUCUCCAACACGGCCUCCUACCUGCGGCUCUGGGCCCUCAGCCUGGCCCACGCCCAGCUGUCGGAGGUGCUGUGGACAAUGGUCAUGAGCAUCGGACUCAACAGGGAUGGCUGGGCGGGGCUCGUUGGCGUCUUCAUCAUCUUCGCCGUCUUCGCCGUCCUCACCGUCGCCAUCCUGCUGGUCAUGGAGGGCCUGUCUGCCUUCCUGCAUGCGCUGCGCCUACACUGGGUCGAGUUCCAGAACAAAUUCUACGUGGGCACCGGCUACAAGUUUGCUCCGUUCUCCUUUGGCUACAUCCUGGAUGGGAACAGCGAGGUUUAGGUGCGGGGUGGCCGGCUCCCCGGCUCCCGCACCUUCGCCUGGCAGCCCACCCGGCCGCCCAGGCCAGUGCUGCCCACCUGGGACCG